GGUGCCAGGCGCCGAGGCUGCCAGCAGGUGAGCCGCCGGCACCCGUGGCUGAGACCCGCGGCCCCGGGACCUCCUGGCUCCCCUGCCCCGGGCCCAGGCCGACGGCCCCAUCGCCGCCAGGACACUCUUACACUGAACUGACUAAGGACUUUGAAAAUGUUCCCACAGCUUCUCCUGGUGUCUUGCAUAUUUGCUGCCCUAAGUCUUCCAAUGACAUUUUCUCUCCAGUCAGGCCAGCAGAAAGUACUUCUUGUUUCAUUUGAUGGAUUUCGUUGGGAUUACCUAUAUAAAGUCCCAACACCUAACUUUCAUCAUGUCAUGGAGUAUGGUGUUCAUGUGAAGCAGGUCACUAAUAUUUUUAUUACCAAGACCUACCCUAACCAUUACACUCUGGUCACUGGCCUCUUCGCAGAGAGUCAUGGGAUUGUAGCCAAUGACAUGUUUGAUCCUAUUCUGAACAAAUCUUUCUCCUUGGAUCACAUGAACAUUUAUGAUCCUGAGUUUUGGGAAGAAGCGACACCAAUAUGGAUCACAAAUCAGAGGGCAGGACACACCAGUGGUGCAGCCAUGUGGCCCGGAACAGAUGUGAAGAUACACAACAGCUUCCCUACUCACUACAUGCCUUACAAUGAGUCUGUCUCCUUUGAAGAGAGAGUUGCCAAGAUUAUUGAAUGGUUCACAUCAAAAGAGCCCAUCAAUCUUGGUCUCCUCUACUGGGAAGACCCUGAUGACAUGGGCCACCAACUAGGACCUGACAGUCCACUCAUGGGACCUGUCAUUUCAGAUAUUGACCACAAGUUAGGAUACCUUAUAAGAAUGCUAAAAAGGGCAAAUUUAUGGAAUAAUAUCAACCUAAUCAUCACAAGUGAUCAUGGAAUGACCCAGUGUUCUAAGGAAAGGAUCAUAGAACUUGACAAGUAUCUGGAUAAAGACCACUAUACCCUGAUUGGCCACUCACCAGUAGCAGCUAUCUUGCCAAAAGAAGGUAAAUUUGAUGACGUCUAUGAAGCACUGGCAGAUGCGCAUCCCAAUCUCACUGUGUAUAAAAAGGAGGAGAUGCCCGAACGGUGGCAUUACAAAUACAACAAUCGAGUCCAACCCAUCGUCGCGGUGGCUGAUGAAGGGUGGCAUAUUUUACAGAAUAAGUCAGAUGAGUUUCUGUUAGGCAACCAUGGUUAUGAUAAUGCAUUAGCAGAAAUGCAUCCAAUAUUUUUAGCCCACGGUCCUGCCUUCAGAGAGAAUUUCACAAAAGAAGCCAUGAACUCCACAGAUCUGUACCCACUGCUCUGCCACCUCCUCAGUAUCACCGCUAUGCCACACAAUGGAUCACUCAGCAAUGUCCAGGAUCUGCUCAGUUCAGCAACUCCAAAAGCAAUUCCUUAUACACAGAGCACCACACUCCUCCUCGGGAGUGGCCCGCCAGAGUAUGAGCCCGAGGAGGCAUAUCCUUACUUCAUAGGGCUCGCUCUUGGCAGCAUUAUAGUUAUUGUGUUUUCUGUAAUUUUCAUUAAACAUCUAAUUCACAGUCAGGUUCCUGCCCUACACUACAUGCACACUGAGAUUGCCCAACCAUUAUUACAAGCUUAAAGCUUCUUUGAAACGGAAUUGCAUAUUGAAGUGGAGAUUGCAUCGCUAUGCCAAUGGGAAACAUUUCAAAUUCUAGGCCCCUGGUUUCAGUACAAGCUAGCUCAUGCUAAGGCACAGCAGCCACUCAUCCACAUGUACACAGACAGAGCAAGACAUUCUACCUGUAGAGGAUCAAGGAUGUGGGAUUACUUCUCCUGUCCUCCCUACUUUACAGAGGUGUAUAAAGUCUCGAUUUGGACUUGACAUAAAUGUGUCUAUCUAACAGUUUUGCACUAUUUCGAGUACCCGACACAUUGCACUUUACUCUCCUAGUGGGUACUUUUCCUCGCAAUGCACUUUAGAGGCAGUUACGUCUACUCAUUUCAUUGAAAAUGACAGCCUUUUGUACCCAUGCCACCAAGUACUGAUAUUUCAUGUACAAACUGGAGGAAGUUUCUAGUAAUUCCUGAAUAAUGUAGAAAUCUAUCUCCUUAAGUUGGGAGAAGAAUGGGAUGGCUGUUGAAAAUUAAAUGUGACAAACUUUGUACCCUGAAUUUUAGAGAGAUGCGUUCCCAGUAUCAGGUUGCAACUGUGGGCAUUUCUUUUUAUGUUUCUUCCCAGAGGCUUUCAUUCAUUUUUCCUUCCAAACAGAUUCAAAUCUUGUCAGAUUCAUUCUAUCGCAAAGUUAGUUACUAGUUACUGCUUUUUUAAAAAAAUGAAUCCUAGUCCUGUGAUCUCAUACUGAUGAGGAGACCAUGAAUAUUGACUUCUUUUCUCUGUAGUCUAGCAGAGGCUAUUGGAGCAGAGCCCUGGCACCAUCUGCACUGUUUUCUUUGCCUGUAAUUAUUUGCUUGUUUGAAAACGAAAUCACUACGAAUCUUAUUAAAAAUCAAGUGAGAUCAAA